UCCUGCUCAGCUGCCGCGCACCGCUUAUGCUCAUUCGGGGAGACCCAGGCAGGGCGGCGGAUCCCGCAGGAUGACAGGCGAUGAGGAGUCCUAAAACUGCGUCGAGGCGAGUCGCCGCAGGCUGCGAUGGGCCUCGGCCGGCCGGUGCCGGAGGGGAAGCCAGGAGCCAGGUAGCCGCCGCCCGCAGCCCUCCGGGGGCAUGGGAGCAGCGGGCAGCGACUGCUGAGACUGCAGCGCCCGGCUGCAGGAAGAGCCCGGCAAGGGGAGGCGACAUGAUGGGGGAGCAGGCGGCAGCGGCGAGAGCGCUGUCCCUGGUGCUGAUCCUGGGGCUGGGGCUGCCGCCGGGCGCCCAUGCCUGCCCCCAGCCCUGCGCCUGCUACGUUCCCACUGAGGUCCAUUGCACCUUCCGCUCCUUGGCCGCCGUGCCGGCGAGGAUCUCCAGACACGUGGAAAGAAUCAAUUUUGGGUUUAACAGUAUACAGUCUAUAUAUGAAAACUCCUUUUCAGGACUUGCAAAAUUGGAAUUGCUCAUGAUACAUGGAAAUGACAUUCAGAAUAUACCUAAUGGUGCUUUGAAAGAUCUUGUGUCUCUCCAGGUUUUCAAAAUUAGUUACAACAAAUUGAAAGUCAUAACUGACCAAACUCUCCAAGGACUUUCAAGCUUAAUGAGACUACACAUGGACCACAACAGAAUUGAGUUUAUUCAUCCAAACGCUUUUAAUGGAUUAACUUCCCUGAGACUGGUCCACUUAGAAGGAAAUUUGCUUCAGCAGCUUCACCCUGACACCUUUUCAACAUUUAUGGUCCUUGAUUAUUUCAAACUGUCAACAGUAAGACAUCUCUACCUAUCUGAAAAUGCUCUUAGGACCUUGCCUGCAGGGAUGUUUCAAGGCAUGACACUGCUGGAAAAUCUUUACCUUCAUGGGAAUCCAUGGGCCUGUGACUGCAGUUUAAAGUGGCUUCUUGAAUGGAAUGAAGUUUCUGGAGGUGUUUUAAAAUGCAAAAAGGACAAAGCCUAUGAAGGCGGACAGCUCUGUCCUAAGUGCAACAGCCCAAAGCAGCUGCAGAAAGAAGAUAUUCAAAACUUGAAUGAUAUUUCCUGUAAGAAGCCUAUCAUUCAGUCCUCACUGAGGCAGAAUAGCAGCACUCAGGAUGAGGAAGAUGGUGACAGUUAUGAAAUCCCUCUGGAAGACCUGCGGUCCUCUCCAUGGAACAUUACUCUGAAUAUGACUGAUGAGCAUGGCAAUGUAGUCCACCUGAACUGUGAAAUCAAAAAACCAACAGACUCUACCAAAAUUCAGUGGAAUCAAAUCCAGACUCAGGAGAUUGAUAUAAAUGCAACAAUUUCACUGGAUUUUGAAUGUCCAAUGAAUCGAGAAAACUAUGAAAAACUGUGGAAGCUUAUAGCUUAUUACAGUGAAGUACCUGUCAAAUUAGAGAGGGAACUUAUGCUCAGCAAAGAGCCUAAAAUAAUCUACCAGUACAGGCAAGGCUCAGAUUACGAUGCUCUUUACUACACAGGUGUAAAAGCUCAAAUACUGUCUGAGCCUUCCUGGGUGAUGCAACCCCUUAUAAAUAUCCAGUUAAACAGGCGACAGAGUACAGGGAAGAAAGUGGUGCUGUCUUUUUUUUCUGUGUUUUCUCAGACAAUUCAUACCAAAGACACCAGGCAGCAAAGAAGAUGGGUAAUCAUAGAGCAAAACCAGAGCACAAGGACAGCACAGAGUGUGAUAGAAGGGUCAGAGUGUCAGCUGAGCUGCAGUGUGAAAGCCUCUGAGAGCCCCUCCAUCCAAUGGCUUUUUCCAGAUGGGACUAAGCUGCAGGCACCAUUUGAUCAGAAAGACAGUAGGUUUUCCAUUCUCAGUAGUGGCCAGCUAAUAAUCAAAGGAGUGCGUUACACUGAUGGUGGUUUGUAUCACUGCAUUGCCCAAGUGACAGAUGAUAUGGACAUAAUGACUUACAGACUUGUAGUGCAGCCUCCAGCUAUUCAGGUAGCUGAUUCAGAUGUAGUGAGAGUUGAAAAAAAUGUAGGAGAUCCAAUAGUUUUGCCAUGCAGUGCACUUGCCAUCCCAGAGCCACAGUUGAGCUGGAUUCUUCCAAACAGCCAGGUAUUUAAUGUUUUAGCAAACUCUUCAAAAGGAUAUAUGUUGGACAAUGGUACUUUGCUUAUUCCAAAAAGCCAUAUCAGUGAUAGUGGCCAUUACAGAUGUGUGGCUGUCAAUCAGCAGGGGUCAGAUCAGUUGGUUGUAAGGGUCACAGUAAAUAAAAUGGUGUCUGACAGGUCAUUUAAAAGGAUAAAACUAAAAAAGCGCCCAGGCUCAAAAAGUUUGUCAAAAUCAAGAGGGCGAGUCAUAGGUGAUGGAGAGGGAUCAGGGGCAGGAGGGGUGGAGGAGUUCCCACGAAAGAAGAACCACCUGAAAGACUGGGAAAUACCAUUCAAACAAAAAAGUGACCAAGUGUCAGAGACUCAAAUUAAAAAGGGGAAGAAGGGCAGAAGGAAAAUGAAGAUCUGGAAAAGUCCUGACAGAACGCAAGACAGCAAUGUUGCAGAAGGCCGGAGAGUAUUUGAAUCUCGAAGAAGAAUUAAUGUGGCAAGCAAGCAGAUUAAUCCAGAGCACUGGGCUGACAUUUUGGCAAAGGUCCGUGGGAAGAAUAUUCCUAGAACAACAACGGCCAUGACUAUUUCUUUAACAACUGCACUGCCAUCAGUCAUGCAGAAAACUACUCUAGUUCCUUAUCCAGUAGCCAGUCCUCCAUCAUCAGAGACAGCAACUGAUGCAGUGGAUUCCUCUGCUGAUGCAUCACCUGUGGGUGAAGAUGAGCCAUCCUCAGUCACUAUUUCCCGCAGCACUGAGGCAUUUCCAGUCCAGUCCAUAUUAAUGAGUUCAGAAACUGAACCCUUUUCUGACCACAGGGCUUUACAAACACCUACAAGUAUAUAUUCUGUAGAAAUCACUGAAUCAGAUCCAUAUUUGACUCCUGUCUCUGCAGCUGUGCAACCCCAAAGCCAGCAGCAUCUUGACUUUAGGACUUAUGAUUCGGUAGUAGUCAAAGAAAAUAUCUAUGCUCUCACUGAAGAACCUCUAACCAGACAAAUUGAAACAAACAUUCCUAAUAUUCAAAACAGAUCAUUCACAGAGGAAAAUGUAGACAGAGCUAUAUCUUCUACAUCAGAGGAAAAUUCUGCUUUUGCUGAGCAACCACUUGAUGCUACUGUCCUAGCUGAAUCUCAGACUGCGGAUCUUCACAGUGUCAUGGACACAAGUGUGAAGGUAAAUGAAGCAGAGCCCAUGCAUGUUGACACCACAAUUUUAACACCUUCUCAGCUGGAUGAGGUCAUCCCAACAGAUUCUGUAGGCACUACUACCAUUUCUUCAUUCAUUUCUCCAUCCAUUUCUCAAUCCAUUUCUCCAUUUACAGCAAAAAGCAAUGAUUUGAUACACCAGCAGAAGCAAGUAUCCACAGGUCAGACAAAAAUGUCAGACUUAAGUACAAGUUUUCCAGCUUUCACACCCAUCAAGGUUCAAAGCAAAGAAGAGCCUGAGACUGACAGGAAUACAGUGACUCAAAAAAACAUGUACAGCAGUUACACAGAGAAUUUUCAGGGAGGAGAACACAGAAACCUGUCUACUCCAAAACUGGAUCCCACAUUAAUUUUGCAUAGUACUGAUGCUCCUCAUAAAACAGCAGAGGAGAUAAAAACUGCUUCUUCUGCCAGUGAAUUGACCACUGUGGCCACAACAACUCCUUAUAGAAGGACCAUGCCUACAGUUAUUACUCAGCAUGCUAGAAAAAGGACUUAUGGGAGAAGGAGGCUGAGGCCGAAUAGAAUCCGGCAAAGACCAAAGCCUUUCCCCCGUGUUGUUUUAACCACAGAGGCAAUGCCUGUUCCAAGGACACCUGAAGUUGGAGCUGUGACUAGAACUUCUUCUGCAAGUCUUGAAAGUCAUGAUCUUAAAGACAAUAUCAAAAUACAAGCUAAGGAAAAGGAGCAUAUGGAAUUCAUUCCUUCAUUAGUUACUGAUGCAGUUGUCUUAGAGAAAAUCACCAAAAUCAGAGAAGUGGUCACAACUUCCUUCUUCAGGCCUACUGCUUCUCCAUCUGAAGAAAAACAUGUGACACUCUCUUCUGUUCCUGAAACCUUGGCACUUCCAGUGACUGCACCUAUCACAAUUUUAUCAUCGUACAUUGUACAUGACACAGUUCCUAUGAGAGAGUCAAGUGCACCUCUGAAACCAGAGCAAAGUGAAGUGCCAACAUACCACUCAUUAGACAAUAUAUCAGAGGAGAAGGGCAUUAAAGCAGAUUCUAAAGCUAUGGAUAGAAAUGCAGAACAGCCAAGCACAACAGCUUUUCCUGAGUAUAUAAAUAGCUUGAUACUAUCUGCAAAACAAGCAUCUCAAGAAGAGCCUCUCCUAUUAGACUCAAAAGUUGCAGUUAAUGAAACAACCUCAGGAACAUAUCCCACUGUAACUGACUUAAGUAUUCCUUUUGGCACAGUGGAAGUUUUUCAGGACCUCUCAGUUUCAAAUAAGCCAUGGAAGCCCACAACAUCUUUAGAAACACCAGCAGUAACUGAGUCACCUCAGCAACAAGAGGUUAUUACUUCACCCUCCUCCUUCAGCAUGACCGAAACUCAGACUUUUCCACUUAAAGAAACAAAGAAAUCUGAUGCUUCCCUGACUGGGACAAAGCCAUUUUCUUUGGAUAAAAAGGAAGUUAUGUCACAUGUAUUUCAUCAUGAUCCCACUUUGCAGACAACUGAAAAAUCUCAGACUACACCCACUGCCUUUAUCCCUUUUAUAAAACUUACCGUUAUUCCCUCUUCCAUUUCAAGCACUUCAAAUCCGUCUUUUCAUUCCACAACUGAAAAAAGUAAUGUCUUCAAUCAAGAAGCAACACAAGUUGAAGCAGAUGGUGAUAAAAUGGUGGUGAGCUCAAGAUGGAAUGCACACCCUACUCCUUCCUCCAGCCAAAACAGGAUUAGUGUACAGUUAAAAGAGGAGCAAUUCAAAGAGUUGUAUAGUAUCAAGUCAAACAACAGCUUACUGCUAAAUCCAAACCUUCCCAAUCCACCUGCUGGAAUGAUACCAAGCCUAAACCAAAGACUACCUGUUGUGCCUCCAAAGCAUGUUCCAGUAAGAGGUACAGUGAAGCCUCCAUAUAUUGUAACACAAGGUUCAUUUCAUUAUUUUAUAACACAUCAGCCUCUUCACUACACAAAUAAACCAGAGAUAACGGCAUAUGCAGCACAUACAAUCCAGGAUAAAAAAUCUUCGGCCUCUCAGAGAGAAACAACUACCCCAACACAAGCCUCUCCAUUUCACAAAACAAAUCCAUUCACAGCAAGCAAAUUUGGUAAUCCAAGUCAGAGCAGAUACAUUAUUAAUUCAAAAUUUUUUGGGAGUAACUAUGUUCCGGAUAACAGAGGAACAGCAGGGAAACUACCAAAUCAAGGGAUCCCUUAUUAUUCCAGUUCCAGAAUGCCAUUCCUUUCCAAUAGAACAAUGAUAUUCCCUCACUUAAGUAUGCAUCCUAAACCACUGGUCCCUAGUCAACUAGUUCCAAAAGACACAAAUGAUAAGGUUGCUCAGGUCUCGCCUACUAGGAUUACAGUGCAGAAAGCUACAGCACUUCCACUGCUUCCAGUGCCACAUGCCACAACCACCACAUCACCACCACCAGUGAUUUUGAAGAUUACACCUCCAGGCUUUCUUUCUCAGCGCACAAAAUCACAGACAUCUACGACAGUUCAUCCUUUUAAAAAUGUCCAUCAUCGUCAUCAAAAGGUUCCAUCUGUGUCUUAUGUGGGAGGCAUAAUGCCUCACAAUUCAUCUGGAAUUCAGUCUUCCACUAACUUCAAGAUACACGGAGAAAGACCUAAGAUUAGCACAAAAGGGUCUCAGAGCAUAUCCAUCCUUGCUGAAACAGAUGUUUUUAUUCCUUGUGAUGCACUAGGCGAUCCCAAGCCUUUUAUUACUUGGACAAAAGUCUCUACAGGAGCUCUAAUGACAGCCAACACCAGGUUACAAAGGUUUGAAGUCUGGAAAAAUGGUACCCUUGUUAUCCGAAAUGUUCAACUUCAGGAUCGUGGACAGUAUUUGUGCACAGCUCAGAACCUGCAUGGCAUAGAUAAAAUGAUAGUUGUGCUCACAGUUGUAGCUCACCAACCCAAAAUUUUACUUUCCCGCUAUCGAGAUGUCACGGUCUAUUUUGGAGAGACCAUAGCAAUGGAAUGUCAGGCUAGUGGGACUCCAAGCCCACAUAUUUCCUGGAUUUUCCCAGAUAGAAAGAUUUUGCAGACAGUCACCACAACAGAAAGCAGGAUAAUGCUUCAUGAAAAUCGAACUUUGUCUAUCAAACAAGCAACUUUUUCAGACCGAGGAGUUUACAAAUGCAUAGCAAGCAAUGCUGCCGGAGCUGACAGCAUUGCAGUGAGACUGCACAUUGCAGCUUUACCCCCCAUCAUCCAGCAGGAUAAGCAAGAGAACAUUUCCUUGCCUCUUGGUAGCAGUGUUAACAUCCACUGCACUGCCAAAGCAGCACCUUCUCCCAGCAUUCGCUGGGUGGUCUUUGAUGGCACACAGAUCCGACCUUCUCAGUUUGUCAAUGGGAAUUUAUUUGUUUUUCCCAAUGGAACUCUUUAUAUUCGCAAUGUCUCCCCCAAAGACAGUGGGAUCUACGAGUGCAUUGCUGCUAACAUGGUGGGAACUUCCAGAAGAACAAUACAACUCCAUGUGAAGAAGCAUGCGUCUAACGCUAAGAUCACUGGGAGCUCUCCUCAGAGAACAGAUGUAACCUAUGGCAGCAUCCUGCGUUUGGACUGUAGUGCUUCUGGUGACCCCUGGCCUCGCAUAUUAUGGAGGUUGCCUUCCAAAAGGAUGAUUGAUUCCCUACAAAGUACCUUGGAGACUAGAAUCAAAGUAUUCAGCAAUGGGACUUUGGUUGUCCAUUCAGUUACAGAUAAAGAUGCGGGAGACUAUUUGUGUGUGGCCCGCAAUAAGAUAGGAGAUGACUAUGUGGUUCUCAAAGUGAAUGUGAUGAUGAAACCAGCAAAAAUAGAACACAAGAACGAGAAUAACCACAAGGUCAAGUAUGGAGGUGACCUGAAAGUUGACUGUGUAGCCACAGGUCUGCCAAAUCCAGAGAUCUCCUGGGGUCUCCCAGAUGGCAGCAUGAUCAAUACCUUCAUGCAGUCAGAUGACAGUGGCAGCCGGACAAAGCGAUAUGUGGUGUUUAAUAACGGAACCCUGUAUUUCAAUGAUGUUGGACUGAGAGAGGAAGGGGACUACACCUGCUAUGCUGAGAACCAGAUUGGGAAGGAUGAGAUGAAAGUGCGAGUCAAAGUAGUGGCCGAGCCUGCAACUAUCAGGAAUAAAACAUAUGUUGUUAUUAAUGUACCCUAUGGUGAUGUUGUCACAGUAGCAUGUGAAGCCAAAGGAGAGCCCACUCCCAAAGUGACCUGGCUCUCCCCAACCAACCGGCCCAUUCCUGCCUUAUCUGAAAAAUACCAGAUAUAUAGGGAUGGCACCCUCCUCAUCCAAAAAGCUCAAAGAUCUGAUAGUGGUAACUAUACUUGCAUGGUGCGGAACAGUGCUGGAGAAGAUAGGAAAAUCAUCUGGAUCCAGGUUAAUGUUCAGCCUCCCAGAAUCAAUGGUCAUGUCAGUUCAAUAACAUCUGUGAGGGAGACAGCCAUCAGGGACAGCAGGAAACUUAUUGACUGCAAAGCUGAAGGUAUACCUGCUCCACGGGUCUUAUGGGCUUUUCCAGAAGGAGUAAUCCUGCCAGCUCCCUACUAUGGGAACAGGAUCACUGUGCAUCGCAAUGGUACUCUGGACAUCAGAGGGGUGAGGCAGACAGAUGCGGUGCAGCUCAUAUGCAUUGGACGGAAUGAAGGAGGGGAAGCAAGACUGAUUGUGCAGCUCCUCAUCACCGAUCACUUGGAGAAACCCUCCUUCAGAGACCCUGUGAAUGAAAGGAUCACUGCAAUUGCUGGACACAGCAUCAAUCUGAACUGUUCAGUUCAGGGGAACCCCAAGCCCAGCACAAGCUGGAUCCUUCCCAAUGGCACGGAAGUACUGAGUGGCAGCCGCCUGCACAGAUUUUACCAUAAGAGGGAUGGGAUUUUACACAUCAGCAGCCUCUCCUCUGGGGAUGCUGGGACUUACCGCUGUACAGCCAGAAACCCAGGAGGUUAUGUGGAACGAGUAGUCUUCCUGAAGGUGGGACUCAGGCCAGAAAUCAGCAAUCAGUACAAUAACCUUGUGAGCAUCAUCAAUGGAGAAACCCUGCAGCUCCAUUGCGUCACCCAGCCAAAUCAGCGGGCACAGAUCUCCUGGACACUGCCCAAUGGGAUGGUUCUGGAUGCCCCCCAAGCUGUGGGUCGCUUUUCCCUGCUUGAGAAUGGCUCACUGACAGUGCGCGAGGCUUCUGUAUUUGACAGGGGCACUUACCUGUGCAAGGUGUCCACAGAGUAUGGCACUUCUGUUAUGAAUGUGCCUGUCAUUGUGAUAGCUUAUCCUCCCCGGAUCACCAGUGAGCCAGCACCUGUCAUUUAUGCCAGGCCUGGAAAUUCAGUAAAGCUGAACUGCAUGGCCAUUGGGAUUCCUAAAGCAGAAAUAACAUGGGAGCUUCCAGACAAAUCACAUCUGACGACAGGAGCUCAAUCCCGUCUGUAUGGAAACAAAUUUCUCCACCCUCAGGGGUCAUUAGUCAUCCAGCAGUCUACUCAAAGAGAUGCGGGCUUCUAUAAAUGCACUGCUAAAAAUAUAUUAGGCAGUGAUUCGAAAACAACCUACAUACACAUAUUCUAACACUAAAACAAGUUCGCUGGCUGGAUACUAGUGUUCAAGUCACUGCCAAGUGAGUGCAACAAGGAAAGUACUGCUUGCAACAAAGCCAGGACGGCUGAGGGCAGAAAAAACAGAAAUUUUCGUGGAAAGUGCAUUGUUUCUGUACUCAAUGUGGUAGUAAGUGUCUGCAAUAAAAGGAGGCAGUACAUGUACUGAAACUGAGGAGACUAAUACAUCGGAAAAGGUCUUUUAAUUGUUAAGACAGAGAAGUGUGUUUGUUUCAUGUUAUCCAAUAGGAUCUGAGACCUGAAGUACUUUAUUCUUGUCAGUAGUUGAAAGCUAUUUCUUUUUCUAACAAGCACCUUAAAAGUACCAAAGAAGUAUUGUUAAUAAAUGAACUGCAGUGAUAAAAUGUGCCUAAAACAUAAUUUCCUUUAUACUCUGCAGCGCUUUUACAUAAUCUAGCCUUAUAGAAUACGAUUACUAACCUUUCUGUUCAUUCUUCUAUCAACUCUUCAAAAUGAAAGACUAACUUAGCAAAUAAGAGUGAUCUAUUUUAAUAAAAAUAAAUGCAGACAUUAGUUACAUGUGAACAUAUGAACAAACCUUGUCCAGCUACUAAGGAUGCUACAAUUAAAUCAUUCAUUAUAUAUUUUAUAUAUAUAUAUUUUUAAAUCAGACUAUGAGACUAGAAAGAGUAACAAUGAACUUGGUCUCAUUUUAUAAAUUAUUGGUCUUUACAAGACUCUGAUACAUUACAGUGUUUUAUAAUAUUAAGGUCAAUAUACUGUACAUUUUAUAAUAAAAAAUAUUUUCCAAAAAAGGUAUUUACUGUGGUUUUCAUUUUGUUCUGAGAAAAUAGGGAACUCCAAACAGUAAGAGUAUGAAGUUCAGUCAAAAAACAGAAGUCACACAGUGUUAUACGUAGUCUUUAUUUUUCUAUACAUGACUUACUAAUAAAAAACACUCCUGUUGUGCGUAUUUCAGGAUAUAUUUACAAUUUCAAUACUUUUUCUGCAAUAAAGGAUGGUUUAUUGGACAAUAUACAUAAUUUUAAGAAGAUUUAUCAGUUAUGCAUAGAAAUAAUUGCUACAAGAUGCUGAAUAUGCUGUGUUUAAUAAACUACUCCAAUUGGAAUUUUGCAAAUAUUAACCUUAAAACAUAUGAGUUCAGAAGAUACUACCAAUUCGUAAAGUUCUGAUUGUUUGUAAAACUUAUUCUCAUGUUUUAGAAUAUAAGUACAAUAAAAGCUUUAUUUUCUCUAUUGAUCAAAACAUGGCAGAAAGUAAAGUGUUAUUCUAAUAUAUACAUUUGUUAUAAAUGGUUAACAAAGAUUUUCUCAGCCCGCAAAUCUGCCCACUGUAGGAAAGUUGUAAGCUGUUGCAAAAUACAUAUUUAUCAUUAUAAUAAACAGAACUGAAAUACUACAGGUAAAAAGUGUUUGAUUUGGACAAGAAUGUUGAAUGACAAGGACAUUGCUGAAGAUACAAGGGGCAAAAUUUAUGUUACAGGGUAUCUCAUAAAACUUAUUUUAUAAAAAGUCAGUAAAGGCUAAACUAUUGUUUGUACACAAGCAUUUAUUAAAGUUGCAGUUAUGUUUCUGGCCUAAUUAAA